AUGUCUGCGUCGCCGUCUUCACGCGGCGGAACAUUCGGCGCUGCUCCCUCUCAUCGGCUGAGUACCAGAGUCUGCGACAACUGCAUUCGGUUCGUGGACCCCGCAUCAACUCUCGGUCCUACAACAUCUGACAAUCUCCGUGCCUCAGCUCUAAAGUCCGAUGUUCCGGACGAGUACCACGGGCAACGCGGAACACUCGCAACCGAGAGAGAAGGCAUUCCGCUUAUCUCUGACCAUGCCAGGGCCGAUGAGUACUUCAAAUCGAUCAAUGAAGCCAUACCACUAUUCUCCGAGGCCGCAGCAUCAAAUAGCAGGGAUGCUCUAUCAACAUGCAGCCCUGAACUCACCGAAUCUCUGAUUCUUAUCACAGCCAGACUCCUCGGCUUCAAAUUCGCAACUCCUAAUUUUAACCUCGACGAUCGUAUAGACCUAAUCCUAAGCAAUACAACUCUUCAAGAAGAUACAGCCGGUGACUUUCCAAGUCUCGAUCUGUUUCGCAAGUUCUGCCUUCUCGUCUUUUACGAAUUCCACCAAUUCCCAGGCCAACAAGCCUGGGUACGAAUAGGAAAGAUCGUCAGGCUUGCGUAUUGGAUGGGCCUUGAUCGUCUAGAAAUAAUCCAAUCGGUCUCCCCAGAAUGGUCCAAUGUGAGCGACGCGGAUCUUCAAAACUGGAGACUUGUUUGGUGGUGUGUAUACCGUCUUGACUCAUAUGCCAACCUCUCAUCGGGUACACCUUACCAAAUUGAUGAACGACUUGUCAAUACGUCUCUUAAUCCCCAGAGUCAGCUUUCUCAAGGACUUGUUGCCCCAUGCCGGUUACCUCAUGAUCCGCGUGGUCUUCCCGACCUUCUCUUAUGUGUCAAGGCCAGUAACGAAAGCAGCUUACUCUUCGACAUUCAUCUCAUCGCCGUCACUGUCUUGCGGCAAUUUGGCAGAGCAAUGAGUAUGCGCUACUUGGUUCCUCACGAGAUCCUCACGGCGAGCCUACUCGAUGCAGAACGUACGCUGUCCGCAAUACGCCUAGCUUUGCCACGGAACUUUCUGAACCCCGGAAGGAAUGCGUUCAUGAAUGAGUCAAAUACAAAUCAUCACGCGAGAUUAGUCCCGGUGCUUCUACUACAUAUGGCGCAACUGUUAGCUGCCCUUGCGAGCUGCUACUAUCUUCCGGAAGGUGACGAUUGGACGCUUAGCUGGCAGCGUGUUCUGGAGACUUGCCAGAAUAUAGCCGGGGUUGCAGAGAAGUGGGAUAGUAAUUACACUCUCACCGUGGACCCAGCACUAUCACUCAUCAGCUUGACGGCACUCGUCUUCUUGGAUAUCCACAAGAAGUUUACUGAGAGUACGAACACGCAGCUCAUAGCUGAAAUUGAAAAUUGUGAACUUCUUCUGCUGCUCCAGCUUGAGCAAUUCUCGGCUCAUUGGAAGCUUCCGAGCUUGCUGAUCCUGUCAUUUAAGAGCUUCAAGGAUCGGGCCAUUUCCCUCGAUUAUCUCCGUGAGGCUCCCUUGGCAUUGAACACAUACAUGAGGACCAGCAUCCCAUAUCGAAAUACAGGAACCAACAGCAGCAUGUCCGAAAACAAAAUUACCUUCUUCGACAUACCCAGCAGGUCGCCUCAGGUCUGCUGGUCCAUGAAUACCUGGAGAACGAGACUGCUUCUCAACUACAAAGGCCUUGAGUAUAAGACCGAAUGGCUUGAAUACCCCGAGAUCAAGGAGCGCCUCAGUGGACAUGUAUCCCCAAAUCAAGGAGGCGCGCCCUUCACAUGCCCAGCCGUUCAAAUGCCAGACGGCUCAUACAUCAUGGACUCUUACAAGAUCGCCGACGUCAUCGAGGAAAAGUACCCAGAGCCAGGUGUACACCUGAAGAAUCCAAUGCAAGACCGUCUCCGAGCAUCAAUGAUUAAAUUCAUGACUGAAAUGGUCCCAAUUUAUGUCCCCGGCGUCGCCAAAAACAUUAUCGGCGAAAAGAGCAUUGACUUCUUUCUGCAGACACGGUUGCAAGACGUAGGAAUGCCUCUCUAUGAGUACGGGGAAAAGCACUCCCCUGGAGCAUUUGACAGAGCGGAGCCGUUUGCACGUGAGAUCACGGCCUUGCUUGAGGAGAAUAAGUCCGGGCCAUUUUUGCUGGGGGAUGUGGUGAGCUAUGCUGAUUUCAUCUGGGCGGGUAUUCUGCUGUUCUUCAAGUGCCUUGGCGAGGAGGAGUAUAAGGAGGUGCUGAGGAUAACCGGUGAUGGGGACGUCCAUACUAAAUUUCUUGAUGGCCUACGACCUUGGACAGAGAAGAAUACCUGA